CGCUCAAAAGAAAAGAAAAAAAAAAAAACAGAUUCACGAAUAACGGACGUUCUCCUCCUCCUCCUCUCUCUCUCUCUCUCUCUCACACUGAGUACCCCACAAUAUCCUCGACCCAUCUCUUUCCUUAUUAUGAUUUUGCCUGUCUCAUACUCCUAAUUCUCCAAAACCCUAACCCUAAUUGUUAGCCACAUCUUUUUAUUACCUAGGUUUUGGUUGCUAAUGGCGCCUCCGAUGAAAUCGAGUAAGCAGGAUGAUUCCGAGAACCCCUCUAAUAAUCUUUGGGUAGGGAACUUGGCUAGCGAUGUCACCGAUUCCGAUCUCAUGGACCUUUUUGCUCAGUACGGAGCGCUCGACAGCGUCACAUCAUACUCGUCACGGAGCUAUGCGUUUCUGUUUUUUAAGCGCAUGGAGGACGCUAAGGCUGCCAAGGACGCUCUGCAAGGGACACUUCUUCGUGGGAAUCCCAUUAAGAUCGAGUUCGCGCGACCGGCUAAACCUUGUAAGCAUCUAUGGGUGGGUGGAAUUAGCCCUUCUGUUUCGAAGGAAGAACUAGAAGAAGAAUUUCUUAAGUUUGGGAAAAUUGAGGACUUCAAGUUUCUUAGAGAUCGAAAUACUGCCUUCAUUGAAUUUUUCAGACUUGAAGAUGCUUCCCAAGCAAUGAGAAACAUGAAUGGUAAGCGUCUGGGAGGUGAGCAGAUACGUGUAGAUUUUCUUCGAUCGCAACCUUCAAGAAGGGAACAGUGGCCCGAUUCCAGAGAUGGACAAUUUCAGGGCAGGAGCAUAGGUCCGGCUGAUUUUCAUUCUUUUCAAAGAAGACAGCUGUAUUCUCAAGCUCCGGGGGGACGAAAAGGAGAUGGCCAGCCGAGUAAUGUUUUGUGGAUAGGUUACCCUCCUUCUCUUCAGAUUGAUGAGCAAAUGCUGCAUAAUGCAAUGAUUUUGUUUGGAGAGAUUGAAAGAAUUAAAAGUUUCCCUGAGAGACAUUACUCUUUUGUGGAAUUCAGAAGUGUUGAUGAAGCUAGGCGUGCCAAGGAGGGUUUGCAAGGUAAACUUUUCAAUGAUCCUCGAAUUAGCAUUAUGUACUCAAGUAGCGGGUUGGCACCAGCAGGUAAAGGGCCUGGGCCAGAUAUGGUAUUCAACGACCCUUUUCGACCUUUGCAGAUGGAUAUGUAUGGUCCAAAUCAUCCAAUGAUGUCAAAUAAUUUUCCUGGACCACUUCCAGGUAGUGGAAUUCUUGGACCUAAUAUGGCCAUGAGGCCUUUGGGUCAUCAAGGAAGAUUUGAACCGCUGCUUUCAGGCCCUAAGAUUAAUGAUUUGGCAAAUCUUCCUAAUUAUCAGGAUGGUAAUUCCAAAAAUUUAAUGAGUUCAAGUUGGGGAAGGCCAUCUCCUCCUUCAGCUGGUGUGCUGUCUUCUCCUGUGUCAAGCAUUCGUGGAAACACAAGAUCUGCAUCUGGUGCAUGGGAUGUGUUGGAUGUUAACCAUUUUCAGAGGGACUCUAAACGGUCUAGGAUAGAUGGCCCAAUGUCUAUUGAAGAUACUUCUUUUCCAUUAAGAAAACUUGAUGACCAUGGGCUAGGGUUGGAUCAAUCUUAUGUAGUUGGAGCAGUUGAUGGAGGUGCUUCUGGUCCAUUUGGUAAUGUUCAAGGGAAGGGUCUCCUUAGUCCUGUUGGUACAAGGGGUUCAACUGGAGGAGCAGCUCAAGGUCAUUCUGAUGGUGAUUAUGUCUGGCGUGGGAUGAUUGCCAAGGGUGGGACUCCUGUUUGUCAUGCACGUUGUGUCCCAAUUGGAAAAGGAAUAGGAUCUGAGCUUCCUGAAGUUGUCAAUUGCUCUGCUAGAACAGGAUUGGAUAUGUUAACUAAACACUAUGCUGAAGCCAUUGGAUUUGAAAUUGUGUUUUUCUUGCCAGAUAGUGAGGAAGAUUUUGCUUCUUACACUGAAUUUCUUCGUUAUUUAGGUGCCAAAAGUAGGGCUGGUGUUGCCAAGUUUGAUGACGGGACCACCUUAUUUUUAGUACCUCCUUCAGAAUUUUUAACAAAGGUUUUGAAAGUUGUUGGUCCUGAACGCCUAUAUGGCGUUGUUCUUAAAUUUCCACAAGUUUCUAGUAGCACCUUGGGGCAGCAACCGGCUCACCUGCCUAUUCCUUCACAGUAUACUGAUAGACAACAGAAUCCUUCUCAAAUGGAGUAUGGUGUUGUUUCAUCAAAGGAGGAACGAGUUAUGCCAAUGGAUUAUGGAAGGGUUUUGCACGAGGAAUCUAAGCUUCCCAUAAAACAAUUUUUUCCACCUACAAGUGAGUCGCCCAGAUUGCAAUCAGUAUCACAAGAUUAUGCGCCUAAUAAUACUGGAGCAUUAUCACAAGCUGGAGUUGCAUUGACGCCUGAGCUGAUUGCGACUCUAGCAUCCUUUAUGCCUGCAAAUGCUCAGUCUUCUGCUCCAGAGAAUGCAAAACAAUUGGGCCCAACAAUUCGGCCUUCACUUCCUCCUGGUCAACUGAAUAAAUUAAUUCCUCCUGGAUGGAAACAAGAUCAUCAUCAAGCUUAUGACCAUACAGGGCAUGGAUUACAACAAUUGGGUAGUCAGUUUAAUCCUCAGGGACAGAACCUCUCGCAACUGCAGUCUUAUCCAUCUCUUUCAAAUACACACAGCCACUCUGCACAACAACACCAUGGUAGCACUCAGUUCCAAGACUCUAGUUUAAAUCAGUCACUGCAGUCUAGGCCUCUGAGUAACUUUCCAGUACCUUCUCAAGGUGGACAAACCAGCGCAUCCCCACGUGUUACCCAAUAUCAGGCACAUGGAACAGAUGCUUCUGGGUUGUACCAUCCUACUGUUUCCCAACAACUUUCCAAUCCUGUGAAUUUUUCUAGUCAGUCUUAUGGUGGUAAUGCUGUGCAAUCACAAAGUGUGCCGUUAGCUUCUGACACGGUAAAUGCAGAAGUUUCAAAUCAGGUGCAGCAGCUGCAGUCAAUCAUUGGGGCGGGUCAGAGCACAUCAGAGGGUGAAGUUGAUAAAAACCAGCGUUAUCAAUCAACAUUGCAGUUUGCAGCAAACCUGCUUCUUCAGAUUCAGCAGCGGCAGCAGCAGCAGCAUGUUGGUGCUCAAGCAGGGCGGGGUUCUGGAAGUCAGCAAUGAAAUAGCUACAUCUAGGUAUGGGGUGUGUGAGACCCUUUUAAAUUACUCGAAAGCUGGAUUGUUUUUCUACGCAACGUUCGCAGCAGGUUUUUAAAUACAUUCCAAUCCAAUCAACCAGUAACCACAACCACAGGACGUCUCAAAGUUUUGGGGCUUGUUUUUUUUUUAUUAUAACCUUCUCUCUUAGGACAACGUAACAAUGGCGUUUUUUUUUGUUCAUUUGCUUUAAUCAUCUUUGGUUUUGUGUAUAUUGUUCUGUUUCCUCUCGAAACGACAUCUUUCUUUCCCAUUAAUUAAUUUUUUAUUUUUUGUUUUUACACAAAA